GGCAAGGUAGUGUUGCCGGUGAGUUUGGAAGCUCCGGCGUGUUUUCCGGCGAUGGUACCGCCGUUCCUGGCGACUAGAGGCAUGGCGACGAGUCUCCUUUUCCUCCGUUUUCGUUUGGAGCUAGAGAGUACUUCUUGUGUCAAGGGCUUGUUGUUGCCAGAUGUAAGGGUGGUAUUUUCGAUAUGUUAUAAACUAAUGAUGAAAUCUUCCAUGGGGCAAGUGUACAGUAUACCCUUGAAGGAUACAGCUCAUAUGGGAAAUAGUUCAAUAUUCGUUUACAAAAGCAGAACUGAGAUUGAGGCUGCUGAUAAGCAAAGAAGGGAGUGCUCUAAUGUAGGCGUCAGAAUUGGUGCAAUAAUUUGAAGUUCUUUGAGGUUCAAGAUCCUUGAGAAUGCCAAACAGACACUCUCGAGGAGAAUGGAAGUCCCGCUGCGACUGCUUCGAAAGAAGUGGCUAGGAAUCAGAAAAGAAACCUGAUAUCAAGGUCACUGAGAUCUCCAUUUGAUCUGAAUUUGAAUUACAAAUACUGUUCUCUCACUGUUUGUGGUGUAUGCUUUCCUUUCCUUUAAGUACUUCAUAGUUCUUAUGUUAGUAAGUAAUGUUAGUAAGUAAUGUGUGAAUACUGAUUAGUUUAGUUGUAACAUGGAAAGGGCUAACUUAGUU